GAAGCUGCUUAUAGCGGGUGAGUGAAUGUCGAGCGGAGCAAACUAACAGAGUUAGUGGGUGUGUGAGGAGGAAUGGAGCCAGCGGUGUGGGCAGGGAGGCUUCAUAAUGACACAGUGCAGGCCGCAGACCCGAAAUAACAAGGAUUUUGGAAGAGGAGGGGAAACUCAAGCCAAACAGCACAUCAACAUCUGAAAGUCACUUGAUUCCUCAGCUCCUUAAUAUCAUCAGCCUUUGAAUGGUAUUAGAAGGGGAGGAUUUACAGUCAGGAAACUGAAACCAAACAUCACAUCAGACUUUGAUGGAGUCGCCCAUUCUAUCGUAACCUGAAUAUCAUUGGAUUUUGAACAUGGAAGGAAAAAGCACUGUUCACAGUGGGGAGAAACCGAACACGUGUUCUGUGUAUGGACGAGGCUUCAGUCGAUCAUCUGACCUGUCAAAACACAAGCACAGUCACAACCGGGAGAAACCGUGGAAAUGUGGGGAUUGUGGGAAGAGAUUCAAUUACCGUUCCCUGCUGGAAAUUCAUCGGCGCAGUCACACUGGAGAGAAGCCAUUCACCUGUUCGAAGUGCUGGAAGGGAUUCACUCGGUUGUCCCACCUGUUGACUCACAAGCGAGUUCACACUGGGGAGAGACCUUUCACCUGCUCUGAGUGUGGGAAGGGAUUUACGGAUUCACUCAACCUGCUGACACACCAGCGAGUUCACACUGAGGAGAGACCUUUUAAAUGUCCAGACUGUGGGAAGUGCUGCAUAAGUUCUGGGAAUCUGAUGUCCCAUCAACGUCUUCACACUGACGAGAGACCGUUCAGGUGCUCACACUGUGGGAUCGGGUUCAGAUGGUCAUCUCACCUCACUGAACACCAGCGCAGUCACACUGGGGAGAGUCCAUUUACCUGCUCAGAAUGUGGGAAGGAAUUCACUCAGUCAUCCCACCUGCUGGCACACCAGCGAGUUCACACUGGGGAGAGACCAUUCACCUGUUCCGAGUGUGGGAAGGGAUUCACCCAGUCAUCCCAACUGCUGAGACACCAGCAGGUUCACAAGUAACUACAGUGAUUGGAUGUUGUUGUGAAAUUCCAUCCGGGACUAACCAUGUUCAUUUGGGGCUGUUUCUGCUGAUGUUAAUAAACUACAGCCCAGUUAUAGGGGUUGAUAUUCUGGAUAAAAGUCAAAUAAAUCAGCUUUGUGUU